CAAAGGUGGUCUCUCAAACUGAACUGAAGAACUCCAGGGAACGUCUGAUCCGGGCAGAGUGCGUUAGGACUCUCAGACUAGGGACAGAGGGAGCCGGAUAACCCUACAGCAAAGGGGAGAAGCCAGGCUUGGGGAAUUCAAGCAGCCUCUUUGCGACGUUGCCUUUAUGGCCUGUCUCGGAAUCCCUGUUAAACAUUGGUGUCCAAGGCAGAAGAGGAGGGCGGCUCGGCGGCUGGGAUGAAGUCGCUUCCGUGGUAGGUCAGGAAACGCUGGAGGCCGGUGCCGGCCAGGCCCUCCCAGCUCCAUUGACUGAGCUUUCCAGAAGCCUCUGAGCCAAAGCAAAUGGCCAGUUCCUAGUUUGUGGUCUCGCCAUUUCUCUCAAAGGAUUCACGAUCCCAGCUCCGAGAUGGCGCCUUCCAUUGGCCCGUCGGCUCGUAAGCCCGAUGGGAGCCUGGUGGGUGGCGGCUGCCCUUCCCCCGCCGGCUCUCCCCUGGGGCCGGAUUGUCUCCACAGCCACCAGCCAGUCCUUGCAGGGGGGGGGGGCACCCACUCUACGGACUAGAAAGAGCAAGAGGAGGUUAAAAACUCUCCAGCUGACAGGCCGGAGCCUAGGCAGUGGCGGGAGAGGGAGACCCAGGCCCUGCCCUCGAGGAGCUUCCAUUGGCCCUGGGAGAGAGGGUGGCGGUUCAGGUGAUCUCGGGAGACCCCUUCAGGCUUGGGGGGGGGCACGCCCUGAGAGAGAGGCUCUCUGGGCUCCCGGGCAGGCGGAGGGUGGAGCGAGGCCUGGGAAGGUGGGUCAGUCUGGGCUCAGCCCAAAGCCCAGCAGACUCCCUUCCUAGGGAGCUCGGGGAGGCUCCUGGUGACUCAGCCGGUGGAGGAGGGGACGGGCACGGGGCGAAACCAUGGCCCUGCCAGGAGGCCUGUGUGUGAUCUUCCGGGGCCGGCCUCGUGGGGCUUGGACCUUUGCACCCGCUCUGGGCUGGCUGGCUCCGGGCCCGACUCUCCCUCCCCAUCCAAGCGUUGCUCUUAGGCGAGCCCAGGCACGAGGCUUGGCAGGGCCUGGCCCUGGGGGGGUGGGCAGAGGAUCCAAGCCCUCUGGGAGGCCGCUGCUGCCUCUCAGUGCCUCCCAGCCUCCAGCCUGACCCCUGGCCCAACCCUCCUCCCGUGCUCAGAUCAGAGCCUUCCCCUUGGGGUAAGGACAGCCUGGCAUUCAUGCCACCUCUCUGGGGGUACCACACUCCCCGCCCACCUGGCUUUCUGCCGUACUCGUGUCUGCUGCCCACUAGGCCGUGCCACAGGGCACCGAGAGCUGGGAAGAGCCGAGUUCAAAUGCAGCCUGGGACAUCUACUAGCUUGACUCUAGGCAUGUCACUGACCCUCUCCCUGCCUCAGUUUCCUCACUUGUAACGUGGGGAUCCUAAGAGCACCCGCCUCAGAGGCUUGUUGGGAAGACGAUGUCUGGAAAGCGCUCAGCCCAGGGUGCCCGCCCGGGUGCCGGUGCGUCCGCAGCUCCCCAGAAAGCACUCGUGUCGUCUCCUAGAACAUGAGCUCCUUGAGGUCGGGGCCUCCCGCUGGUGUCCUCGGCCGGCACACGCGGGCUACAUGAACGAAUGGCGGCCGCUGGAGCAGGCUGGGGCUGGGCACGCUGUGCCCUUCCGUCCUCGGCGUCGGGCAGAAUUCGCCGCAGGGAGAGCCUCUCGGAGCCCCGGGGGAGGGGGGCCCGGCCCCCGCCGCCCCAGGAGCGGCAUGGCCCUGGGGCGCUUCUAUCUCUUCUCCCUGGUCCUGGGCACGCUGGGCUCCCUCUGCGUGCUCUUCACCAUCUACUGGGCCCAGCACUGGCGCGGAGGCUUCCGCUGGGACGGCAGCAGCCGCAUGUUCAACUGGCACCCCGUCCUGAUGGUGGCCGGGAUGGUGGUGCUGUACGGCGCCGCCUCCUUGGUGUACCGCCUGCCCCAGGCCUGGCUCGGGCCCAAACUGCCGUGGAAGCUGCUCCACGCGGCGCUGCACCUGGCGGCCUUCGUCCUGGCGGUGCUGGGGCUCGUGGCCGUCUUCGACUUCCACCGCCACAACCACAUCGCCCAUCUCUACUCCUUGCACAGCUGGCUGGGGAUCGCCGCCGUGGCCCUUUUUGCCUGCCAGUGGUUCCUGGGCUUUGCCAUCUUCCUGCUGCCCUGGGCAUCCCUGUGGCUUCGCAGUGUCCUCAAGCCCCUCCAUGUCUUUUUGGGGGCCACCAUCCUGUCCCUGUCCACGGCCUCCGUCAUCUCUGGAAUCAACGAGAAGCUCUUCUUCAGUCUGAAAAACGCGACCGCCCCCUACUCGAGCCUCCCCCCGGAGGCCCGCUUUGCCAACAGCACUGGGAUGCUGGUGGUCAUCUUUGGGGUCCUCGUGCUCUACGUCCUCCUGGCUUCCUCGUGGAAACGGCCUGAACCGGGGCUCCUGAGCGACAGACAGCCCCUGCUGCAGGAAGGGGAGUGAGGCGGGAAGGGCCCCCCGGAGCAGCCCCGCCAGCUACGCUCCCCACGCUGCGCUCCGCCGGGGGCUCUGCCACCCUCGGGCCCCGCCUGCUGCUUCCCCGACAGCGCUGGCUUCUGCACCUCUCGGGCCCUUCGGGAGGCUCGCCUGGGCCUGGGCCCGGCUCCACGCCUUCCCCCCACCGGCUGCUCCGGGGCAGGCAGGGGCGCCUUGCGUGAGGGCAGCCCGGAGCUGACUGGGGGGUGGACGGGCCGCAGCCCCCUGGGCGAGGGGAGCCCCUCGGCGCUCGGACCCGGACCUUCCCUGGUGCUUACGGCCUGGGGCCUCCAGGCAGGCACAGGAGCUCCGAGGACCGUCCUGGCAGGGCCUGAUAACGGGGCUGCCUUGGCCCGGGAGCUGCUCCUGGCCGCCCCCCGAACACUGCCCUCGUCAGACUCCCUGAAAUGGUGGAGGCGCCUCGGGGGGCACCGUGGGCCCCCCCAAGCCCAGAGCUGGCCCUUCCCCCACCCCUGCUGCUUGGACACGGCCAGACGUCCACCCGCCCCUGUAAAGUGCCAGCUCCCGGGGCUGACCGAGGCCAGGCCAGGCCAGUCGGAACCCUCCCAGAGCGACCUCCGCUGGCCAGAUUCACAGGAAACCUCCAAUCUGCUGCUCGCCGUAGCAUCCCGCUUCUGCUGCUGUUCCAAAGGAAGUUCUCUCUCGUUGCCUCCCAAGGGAGGCCUGGCCUGGGCGGGGCCCAGAGGAAAGGAAGGGGUCCUCCAGUGUGUGUUCCCGCCAGCCGGCCCGUGGGCGGCCCCCUCGCACGGGACGGUGGGCGUCGCCCCUUUGGCGCCUGAACCGAGGCCCCCCCCACGUCCGUUGCAUAUUUAGCCUUGGAAGGCGGGAAGACCGACUUCCUAACCGUCUGCAGUUGGGGCCACCCCAGAGUCCUGCCACGCGGAGCUGGUCCUUCAGCGGUGCCGGGGCUGUGUGAGGCACCAGAGGCCCGGGCGAGGGGAGCCCUGCUCAGGGUUUGAAGGCGGCUCAGUGGGGAGAAUGCCAGGCCUAAAGGAAGAUCUUGGGUUCCGAUCGGGCCGUGCUUCGAGUUGCGCGACCCUGGGCAAGUCCUGACUGCCUAACUAAGCACCCCUCUGCCUUGGCAUUGAUAGUCAACUGGAUCCCAGACAGAAGGCGGGGCUUAAAAGGCCCCAAAGUCUCCCUGGCCUAGGCCAGGGCCCUGGCACCUUUGGGGCUGGAGGGAAUCGCUUAUCAGGGCCCCAAUUCUUUAGCCUCACCAUUAAAGUCGUUUCUACUGCA